GCAGAGGUCAAUUCAAAAAGAGAUGUGGCUUAAUCGUCACUCUUCUUCGGUGAAAAUGUAGAUGCGGAGCAGGCUUUGCAAUGGGUUUCCAAUCGAGAAACUAAGCACAGUGCACAACUAGAUCAACUAGAUAGGGGGGGAGUUUGAUGUUUUAAAGCAGUACAGGAUGCUCACAAGUGGAGCUCAAAGUUUCAGAAACAGGACAAAACACAUGGGAGCCCCCCAUCAUCCAUCCUGUCCAGUAGGAAAGUUUUCACCAUUCUUUGUCAUUGUUGCUUUGCUUCUCGACAAUAUCAGCCCACCAGCUUCAUCACUUGACCUCCCCUUCCACCAGAGCAUCCCAAUGAUUGACUCUCCACAACUCUUGCACAGUGCCCAGUAGCAUCCAGAGCUCCUUUUCAUGGCGGAGGCCAGGACCAGCACCAGCACCACCACUGAUGGAUCUCCCAUAAGCAAUUUAGCCCCAGACCAUCUUUUUUCAAUCUUGCUCCUCCUACCGUUUGAUUCAAUCGUUUGUUUCUCCAUGACUUGCAAAAAGUUAAGGACUUUAGCAUGCUCCGAUGCUCUCUGGGAGUCCAUAUGCAGGAGAGACUGGGGACCCACCUUAGUGGAUGCCCUCAAAUCCUCGUAUUAUCGAGAGGGUGAGUUCCCAUGGAUGAAGAUUUACAACCAUGUGCUUCAUCUUGACUCCGUCGCAUGUCAUAAUCUUUCGGAGACCGGUGGUGGUGAGAUGGUGUUGCCCAGCCCAAGGGCCUCUCACUCUCUCAACUUCGUGUCUGAUUGCUUGGUUUUGUUUGGCGGAGGCUGUGAGGGAGGACGUCAUCUCGACGACACUUGGGUGGCGUAUAUUGGACAAGAUUUUAGGAGGAGAUUAAGAUGGCAGAGGGUGAAUUCAGGCUCUCCAAGUGGAAGAUUUGGGCAUACAUGUGUGGUGAUUGGCGAUUUCCUUGUUCUGUUCGGAGGAAUCAAUGACCAUGGGAACCGCCAAAAUGAUACGUGGGUGGGGCAAGUCGCAGGGCAUGAGACUCUGGGCAUCACGUUAUUGUGGAGGCUACUUGAUGUGGAUUCAAUCGUACCACCAGCCCGUGGAGCACAUGCUGCAUGCUGCAUCGACGACCGGAAGAUGGUUGUCUACGGAGGAAUAGGGUUGUAUGGCGUUCGAUUAGGAGACACGUGGGUAUUGGAACUGUCUGAAAACUUCUGUUUAGGAAGAUGGCAUGAGGUUGUGACUCAGCCAUCACCCCCUGCUCGUUCAGGUCACUCACUGACUUGCAUCGGGGGAAGCCUAGCAGUGUUAUUUGGAGGGAGAGGAUUGGGCUACGAGGUGCUCAACGAUGUGUGGCUCUUGGAUUUGUCUGAGGGCAAUGGGACGUGGGUGGAAUUGUUCUACGAGUUAAGUGAUAUACCCGAUGGCGUUUGCCUUCCAAGAGUCGGCCACUCGGCUAACCUCGUCUUAGGAGGUCGCCUGCUAAUUCAUGGGGGUGAGGAUUCAUGCAGGAACCGAAAGAAUGUUUGGGUGUUGGACAUUAAAGCAAUUCCAUCCAUCAGAUUCCAGCCAAUUGAAGGGAAGUCGUGGAAAAGAUUGAACUCCAAAGGUUACAAACCCAACGGUAGAUCAUUUCAUCGAACUUGUGCUGAUCAUUCAGGAAGAUACCUGUAUGUAUGGGGAAUGAUGGAUGGCUUGAUUCAACCUGCAGAAUCAUCCGGCCUCAGGUUUGAUGGGGAGCUCUUCCUGGCAGAACUAAUGCUUCGGCUCUGAAGACCAGUAGAAUAGGUGCAGUUUAUCAUUUUGUCUCGGUCGCUUACCUGGUCCUGUAUGUACCGCUGACUCUACGAUUAAAUGAUAUCCAUGCAUCUAAUAAAA